UGCAAAUAUAUUUUAGAAAUAACUAUCAAUUUCAUCUGGGAUAUUUACAAUGAAUAAUCUUUUAGGUAUUAUUGCUGUACUCCUGCUUUUUGCCGUAGCGGAAAUUUCGGCAAUUUGCUGUGGUCGUGGACAAAACGGCUUCUGCAAAGACUGCGCUAAAGUUAGCAUAUGGAACCGCAGGAAGUGCUGUGGUUCCGGUAGUGGAAACGGAAAGGGAUGCAACAUAGUGUGCUGUGACUGUGGAUUAUGUAGAACUGGGCGUGCAUCGAUUAAAUUCCUCUCUGGUUGGAUUUUGAGCAAAAAAUUCUCUUGUAAACUGGAAUUGGGAGACGAGCGGCUUCAACAAAAAAAUCAGGAGGAUCUGAAAAAUACCUGGGACGUGUUUAACGAACUUGAUGAAAAUGAAGACGGAAUUAUAUCGCAAUCCGAGUUUCGUGAAGCAAUGAUUGCAAAAUUGCUGGACAACGAAUCCGGUCAAUUAGUUGCUUCUCAUUUAUUGGACUCCAACAACGAAGAAGAUGUAUUGGCCCUUCUUGAUGUCGUUACUGAGCAACACGAACAAGACUUGGAACAAAGCAGAGAUCUUGACGAUCUUAUUAAGCAGGAAUUCCAAAAACUCGAUGCUGAUAACGAUGGAAUGAUUCAAGCAACUGAAUUUGACAAAGAUCUUGAAUAAACAGGAACAGAAUAUUUGUUGCAAAAUUACUCAUUAUCUCAUUAACAUUCUAAAAGUAACUAAUCAAAUUCAACUAUGAAUAUUUUCAACAUCACGAUCUGUCAUCGUUAUUUCACCUAGAACACUGAUGAACACGAAUUCGAUUUAUACAUAUAAUCAUCUGGUCAACGCGAAAAUCAUGACAUGCUAUUGUAAAUAUUUAUAUUCAAGACUCUAUAUACUACAUAAAUCUAUAAUUCCAGUUAAUGUUCUAAGGGAAUAUUUUUAUCUUAUUUGAUCAGAUCAGUAGACACGAAUGAUGACUAAACAUGAUAUCGUUGUGACCAUACUAGAGUAAUAAAAUUCUCUUCUUUUGUGUUAUAUAUGAAUUAUAUUUGUCAUGAUUCAAUUCAAUUUGAAUAUAUAUUCAACAGAAACAGCCACCUAUAGCGAACGAAGACUUUGUCGAGGAACCAGUAUUUUGUCGAGGCUACCAUUGAUCCCGAUUUUAAAAACAGUGGCGAUCGAACGAAUCCUCUCAAAUGUCGCCCCUUUAUUGUUUUGUCAAUCCUAUGCAAAUUAUCGAAACGGUUGAGCUGAAUCAAUUUUCAAAACUUUUGAUAUAGUUUGGCACGCCCGACUCCUGCACAAAAUUCGAUCCUAUAACGCAGGGGUGGCCAACCUGCUUCCGAUUGAUCGGUAAUAAGGUCAUACACAAAAACAAAUGAGUACUGGAUAUGCAGAUAACUGCACACACGCAUGCAAAACAUUUCGCCGCUGCUAAUAAGAUCGGUUCUUUGGGCGCAUUCCCAAUGAAAUCGUCACAAAAAUUUGUAUUUUGUUUGUUGAGUUAAUAUUUCAUCAUUUAUAUAAGAUUUAUUCGAAUCAUACAAUUCAGAUCUAACACCUGACUCAUUUUUAGUUGUAAGUGUUGAAAAUUUCCCAGAAACUUAGCCAAAUGUCCAUAUAGCGGAAAAGAAAUAUUCCCAAACCAUAAAUGUUACAUGACUGCUAAAACUUCGGUAUUCAAUUUACAAUUUCCUCCGAAUCCGAUUCUUCACUCGAAUUAGAACAAAUUGGGCAUUCUGAUGCCACUGCUACCGUUGCGAAUACAAUUUAUCGCACUACUCUUGGAGCGAAACAGGUUCAUUUCUGAACCUUGGCAGUAGCGAAACUUUUAUUCGUUACGUAAUUAUAGGCUCUAUCGGUCUUGCCAAGAGUCAAAUACUAUAUUCGUUUAUCGUAUUU